CUUUCCUCGGACCUUUGAGAAAAAAGAAUAAAAAGAGCUUUCUAAACCCAACGGCGUUGCGCCUAGAUGUUCACCGUGUGUAGACAUAACAAAGUUCCCAGUUUGGUUUCCAAGUUCAGGACUGCGACAAUUUCCUCAGUAGCUCGUAUAACAACAACAGGAAGCGGCGUUACCAGUAGUUGUACCCAAGCAACAAAGCCACCACCGUCAACGCUGAUGAAGAAACCCGCAGUUCUUUACCAUUACCCCUGCCCUGAUGGAGCUUUUGCUGCUUUGGCCGCUCACCUUUAUUUUUCUUCCAUACACAUAACUCCUCUUUACUUCCCCAACACCGUUUACUCUCCUAUCAGGGUGGAAGACCUUCCUCUAAAUGAAAUUGAUCAUGUUUACCUCUUGGAUUUUGUGGGUCCAUCUGGUUUUGUUCACCAACUCCACUCUAAAGUUGACUGUGUUGUUGUAUUAGAUCAUCACAAAACUGCACGAGAGCUGUUAGGUGGAGGGACAUAUGUGAGUGAAAAUUUGAUUAAAGUGAUCGACAUGGAUAGAAGUGGGGCUACUAUUGCUUAUGAUUAUUUCAAGGAGAAGCUCAUAAAUGGGGAUAAUAACAGAGCUGCCGAUGUCGAUGCACUAAAGAUUGGUGAAUUUGACAGAGUUAGGAGAUUAUUCGAAUAUAUAGAGGACAGAGAUUUGUGGAGAUGGAAACUUCCCGACAGUAAAGCAUUCAGCAGUGGCUUGGAUGAUCGUAAUAUUGAAUAUGAUAUCAAUUUGAACCCCUCCUUGUUUCAACAGUUGCUUGCUUUGGAUCUAAAAUCUCUUAUUGAGCAAGGAAAGAUAAGUUUGUCCCACAAGCAGAAACGAAUUGAUGAGGUCCUUGAGAAGUCGUUUGAGAUAGCACUUGGAGCUGGAACAUUUGGUUGUUGCCUGGCAGUUAAUGCAGAUUCUUUGCCCGAGUUAAGAAGUGAGCUUGGGAACCAGUUGGCUGUUAGAAGUCGUAAUAUGAAGUUGAGGGGGAUUGGAGCUGUUGUUUAUAAGGUACCGGAGCUUGAAAAUGAUCAAAUGUUAAAAGUUAGCCUGAGGAGCAUUGGUGAUGAGGAUACAACAUCUAUCUCUCAGGCAUUUGGUGGUGGUGGGCAUCAAAAUGCCAGUUCAUUGAUGUUAAACUCAGCUGAGUUUGAGAAUUGGAAGGUUUCCAAUAGAACUUCGACAUAGGUGAAAUAUUACCCUGAAUGUUUUGAAAUACCAGAUCUAACUGAUGUUUGACCCUUUGUCUUGGCUAUUUACUGUCUGGCAACUAGGUCUUAGGAAAUGCGAGCAGUCAAAAUCGAAUAAGCCAGAGCCUACCCAUGUUGCACUUUUUUUCCAUCUGUGCACAUGAUCCCUACUAGCUAUCUGCAUACAUCUUUUGUCCCAUGACAAUGGAAGUAGCAUAAUGCAGUCUUGGCUGCUAAUGCAGUGGGGAUUUAUAGGAUUGCUUGUUCAUGCUAGAGCUAGACUUCAAACCUUCUACUGGUGUCAGUCUUAGAGUCAAAGGUGGUCAAUAUAGCUCUCUGUUUUAUGUAAAAGCUUUGCCCGUGUGACGUGCUGUGACAACCUCCCUGAUCUAAAAGAAUGUGGAGCACUUGCUAUACUAUUUACUGCUGAUGAAUUGGAAUUAGUUGAAUUCUAGAGAAUCAUCCUUUUGUGUAGUGGGAUCUACUUUUGCAAGGCAUGCAGUGGUCCAGUCCUCUGGUGGUUUUCUUUUGGACCGAAAUGGACAAUUUUUUAUUGAUUGCCAGAUGAUAAAACAUAGAGAAACUAAGAAUGCUGAGCAUCUUCUCACGUCUAGGUAGUGCUGAUGUUUGGUGCUCUUUCGGCAAUAACUUCCUUUUAGUAGUUGGAUUGCAUUUCAGUAUGAACCUUUAUUUGCUUCCGCAUGAAAUAUUGGAAUACUGCAUCCAUAUUGUCACGA